AUGUUCGGAGGUGAAAUUGACGGAAAAUACACAAAUAAUUUAUUCGUUCUAAAUGACCCGGACUUAGACUGGUCAAUUGUGAGUGCAAACGGGAGUUUCCCGUCACGUCGUUCCGGCGCCACUAUCACCAAACUGGGAUCCUCUUUAUACGUGAUCGGAGGACACAAUGACAACGGGACUCUCAAUAACAUAUAUCGAUUCGAUACUUUAACAUCGAAUUGGAGUAAAGUCGUUCCUUCCAAUGAUUUUGAGUUCCCAAGUAGAACUGGUCAUUCAGCUUCUACUGACGGGAAGAAUAGAAUAUUUGUUUUCGGCGGGUACAAUGACGACGGCUUAUAUUUAAAUGAUCUGUACAAGAUAGAUAUCAAUAUUAAGUAUGAUCCCGAAUAUAAGACCUAUAAGACUUUCGCGGAGUUCACUUUACUGAGCGACGAUAAAAAUCUUUUUUUAAACCCAUCUCCGAGGGAAUCAUCAACCCUGAUUUACGCCGAUAAUAAAUUAUACUUGUUUGGUGGAUACAGUUACAGCGCUGCUUGCAACGACGGAAUGUGGAUUUAUGAUUUGGCUUACAAUAAAUGGACUAAAUCCAAGUCUCACGUUACACCUCCUCCAGCAGAAGGGUACACUGGGAUAAGGAUGGGAAGGGCCAUUGUUUACUUUGGAGGCUGCAACUAUAGCUACAACGCUCAUCGCUGCUUCAAUGAUGUGUGGAAUUAUGAUACUAUCUCUGACAAGUGGACCAUAAUUCCUGCUUCUUUCGAGAAGCCUUUGGAGCGCGGGCACUCCUUCCUCUUUUACGUCUACGACUCCAUUAUGCUUUACGGCGGAUCUAAGUUGGACAAUUUGGUCUUCAAUGACAUGUGGAAGCUUUCUCUUCUUCUUCCUUGCAGUGAUCCUACCUACUCCUGCUUCGGGAACGGUACUUUUUCGAGCCUUAACUCCGUUUUAGGCGAAUGCUCUGGUACCUCUUGUUCUUGUUUCUCUGGCUUCCUUGACCAUGAUUGUGGUACUUUCAAGGUUGACGAGAAGAUUUCCUCUAUUGGUCAGAGUGACACUGGAAACGUUCCGAGUGUGGAAAGUGUCACCUGCGACGCUAAGGCUCCUCAGCCUCGCAGACGCUACUUUGGGGGAAAAUAUCGCGCCUUUUCCACGUACAUUAGGAAACACAACUAUGCCACCACUCUGGUUGUUCUUCUUCUCAUUGUAUCCAUACUUGCUGUAAGGGCUCGUCAGAAAAGUGACUAA